AUGGCUGUUCUCGGUAUUCUCAUCCUCCUCUUCGUCCUCUACCUCAUCACCCAGGUCGUGUAUAACCUCUAUCUUCAUCCACUGUCCAAGUAUCCCGGUCCUCCUCUGUGGCGUGCAUUCCGGCUCCCCUUUCUCUUAGCCAAUAUCCAAGGCCAACUCCCCCACCGCAUCCGAGACUUCCACGCCAGGUAUGGGGAUGUUAUCCGCGUCGCCCCGGACGAACUGUCCUUCGUCGACCCCCGGGCCUGGCGCGAUAUCUACCUCUCCGACCGCGAGUUCGUGCGUCCGCAGCAGUACAAAGAUCAGCCUCCGGGGAAAACGGCGGCCAAUCUGAUCGCCUGCUCCGAGGCGGAACACGCGCGCCUCCGCAAAGCUCUUGCCCCCAGCUUCUCGGAGAGGACCGCCAUGCAGCAGGAACCCAUCCUGCAGAGGUACAUCGACCUCCUCUUCCACAAGCUGGAUGCGCAGAUUCACGAUGCCUCCAGCACAGCCGCCGAGGUCGACCUGGUGGAAUGGAUCAACUACCUCGCCUUCGAUGUGAUCGGGGAUCUCACCUGGGGUAGCUCGUUUGGAUGUCUGGAGGGCUUGCGCUACCACCCGUGGGUGCAGACCGUCAGUCAAUUCAAGGCCGCCAUUAUUGUUGGGGCGCUGAAAUUCUAUCCCCCUCUUCAUCGUCUGCUCAUGGCCAGCACCCCGGCGGAGGCGCUGAAGCCGGUUAUGGAGAUGUGGAAGGUCACCGAGACGAAGGUAGCGGAGCGAGUGGCGGCGAGCACUGCUGGCGCUGCUGCUGCUAUCACGCGACCCGAUUUUGUGGGAACGAUGCUCGCCUCCCAGGCGAUGACGCAGGAGGAGAUCGAGGUCAACGCGAUGCUGAUCGUCGCGGCGGGAAGUGAGUCGAUUACGACCGUGCUCACGGGGGUGAUCAACCAUCUACUACAAAAAGAGGAGCGCACCAGCCUGAGCGAACUAGUGACUCUACUCCGCCGCACAUUCUCCGCCGAGCACGAGAUCACCGCGACGAGGCUCAAGGCGCUCCCGUAUCUCGACGCCGUGCUGAUGGAGGGCAUGCGGCUCUGUCCCACCAUCCCGGAUGCGAUGCGGCGCCUAGUGCCCCGCGGGAGCGCUAUUGUUGCUGGACAGACCGUGCCCGCGGGUAUUACCGUCUCCAUCCCGCCCUGGGCGGCAUACCGCGCGGGGCGGAACUUCACCAGCCCCAACGAAUUCGCGCCCGCCCGAUGGUUGGGCGGCGACGAGCGGUUCCGCACCGAUCAUCCCACGCGGGCCUUCCAUCCCUUCUCGCUGGGCGCCCACAAUUGCCCCGGCCAGAAUCUCGCGUGGAUGGAGCUGCGGCUCGUGCUCGCCCGCUUGCUGUGGCGGUAUGAUCUCACCGCCGUCGACCUCCCCGUUUGGGAGAAGCAGGGCAUUUGGUGGUUUUGGGAUAAGAGUCCCGCGGUCGUCCGGAUUGCAACAGCCUCUCGUUGAGCAGGACGUAUGUCGCUUUGGAGAACUGUGGACAUGCGUGUGCUUGUCAUCGAAGAAACCAGACACGAACUACUGGGGUGGAAGUUGGUAGGAAUCGAAUCAGUGAGCAGGGCGUUGGCGAAAGGUCUUGGCGUAGAU